AUGGACCUGGAUGAGGACGCCAAGCCGAACCUGAUGGCAUUGGACAUGAGCGCGAACGCGAGCGUCAGGAGCGACUCCCUCAACGCUUUCGAUCACCCUGACAUGCAGCAGCAGCAGCAGGGGCCGAAAGCACCCAUCAAGCGCAGAGCCCCAAUCGCCUGCCGAAGUGUUUUUCCGCAACGCGGCCAGCCAGACCUCGACCGCGAGUAUCGGCAUCCGCGUUUACGGGCCGAGAAGGCCGCCAAACGCGAAGCCGACAAGGCUCGUCGCAGCGCUGCCUCUGACGGCAUCCCCCGGGGCCCAGGCGCACCGGGGGCCGCCCGGAAGCCCGCGGACGAGUGGGCCCUUCUCCCGCCGCUCCCCGAGAUCAUCGACGCCGUCCACGUCUUCACGAGCAAGUACUUCCAGCUCGGCUUCAUCCCGAAGGAGCUGCUGCCCCAGCAGUUGCACCGCGACCACCGCUCCGUCAGCGUGUUUCUCGUGCUCGGCAUCCUCAGCGUCUCGGCGCGCUUCUCGCCCACGCUAACUGAGAGGUACGGAGGGGAGAUGAAGGCCGUCGACUUCUUUAUGGAACGGGCGAGCAGCCUGGCGUUGAAUGAGCUGUAUCAGGAGCCCACGCUGGAGAGGUGCCAGGCGUUCUAUCUGCUGAGUCUGGCGCAGCAAGGCAGCGGGUGGAGGAACCGGAGCUACAUUAACAUUGGGAUUGCCACGAGAAUGGCCGUUCUGAUGCACUUGCAUCGGGAAGAGUUCUACAAGAUGAAGAAUCCUACCAGGGAGAUGAUCAUCAGGGCAGAGUCGGCCAGGAGAACUUUGUGGAUGCUUCACAGCCAGGAUAACCUCCACUGCGGCGCCUUAUCGCCCGUCUCCCUCGCCGCCAACGACAUCACCGCCCUCCUCCCCAGCAACGAGGACGACUUCGCCAACGGCCGCGAGCCGUACUCCCGCGCAGCUCUCGAGGACACCCCACCGGCACGCGACAACCCGUCCCUGAUCCACCAGCCCUCCCGGUCUCUAUUUGCGAGCCUGAUCCAAGCACACUACUACUGGGGCAAGGUUGCCCGGCGAGCAAUGGCGACAAUGAAGAGCGCCAACCCCUGGGACCCGACAAGCGAGUACGCGAUCAUGGCGAAGCAGCUCAUGAACUGGGAGCACCAGCUUCCUGCGGACCACCGGUGGAGCAUGGUGUUGUUGAAGGGGCACAAGACCGUUGGCGAGGAUCUGGCAUAUUUGGGUGUCACGAUGAUUACGAAGCUGUGCAACAUUGUUCUCCGGAGGGCGUACUUGGACAAGUAA